GAUCCGUAGUACAACGGCCCCAGUCCGGAGUCUGUGGGAUGGACCAUUUACCUCACACUGCACAGCGUCUCAAGCUACAUUAGUGGGAGCAUUGGGUGAAUCAAGCAACAGGAUUUUCGACUCCGUACUGACCGCAAGUGCUGAUAUACAUUUCUUUUCGUUUACACUGCGCGAUCGGCCGUAAUAAUCAGGGCUUUCAUAUUCAGUAACACAAAAAUGGCGUGACACCAUUUCGGAUGUAAAAGCAAAUAUUUUGUGCGUCUGUGUACGUGUUUAUGUAAUUAAUGGUUGAAGCGAUAAAAGAUUGGUUAUUUCCAAAAUAAAAUUCGAACAAAGAUGAAAUACGUAGUUCUCACAUAUGAACUGGUUUAUGAACAUGCUUGGUUUUUUAUGAAAGGAUUAAUCUGUUUGAAGAAUCAAGUAUGGCGGUACUAAAUGUAUUUCUUUCAGUAAUACUAAUUGUUUUCGAAUUAGACUCGGGUAAAAGGAACUCAGUUCGAAUCCUGUGAAACAAAUCUGUGAUAUAGUAAACAUAUAAACAAAUAAACAGAGAUACUGAUUCGAGUUUCUGCCAUAUGCAUAAAUAGAUUAUAUCUAAAAAGUACGAAAAUUUAUUAUUGAUUUUAUAAUUUUCGAUAGCACUUGUUAUAAAUAAGUCCGUUCAAGUUAAUUAUAUUGUAAAAAUUAAGGCUUGUCCGCAUGUAAAGCUACAAUAUUGCACAAGCAAAUAAUUGUGACAUGAUUUUACAUGAUAAUUGAAAUAGAUUAAUUACCGUAGCGCAUAAAUAUUUAUAUAAGGUCAGAGGUGCAGGGAGAUUUAAAUUGUAGGUGAAGUACAUAUAAAAUACUUCAAAAGCACGCGCUCCUCUCCUUAAAACAAAAACAAAAAAUGGCAACCUUCGGAAGAUUUACUGUUCCCCCACUCAGGGCAACCCUUAAUGUAGCUUGGGAGACAUUUAAAGCUACUUUGCCAGACAGUAGCCCAUGCUUUGAGGUGGUCCGAAAAGCAACUGGAGGUGGCGGUGGGACACGACACAGAGAACCUGGCGAACAUGUGAGGUUUGCACAAUUCGGGGGAGAGGGCCAUCAAAGGCUUGGGGAAAGCACCGAACUGUCAACAAUGCCAGGAGAAGGUGGCAACUAUGAUGGGGCUGAAGCAGGAAUUGCUGAAGACGGCUUCAUCGAAAGGCAACAGAGCUACCAACACGCUCGUGGCGAUGGCAGCCUAACCAGUGUGGACUUCGGGAGUGAUAAUGGAGGCGGAGGGGAAUUCGGCGAAGGACGAAACAAACACAAGAUCAACGAAUGGCAGGCAGCAUGGAACGUUACCAAUGCCAUCCAGGGUAUGUUUAUUGUGUCGCUGCCAUUUGCCGUUCUGAGAGGUGGAUACUGGGCAAUAGCAGCCAUGAUUGGAAUUGCAUACAUCUGCUGCUACACGGGCAAAAUCUUAGUUGAAUGUCUGUAUGAGGAAGAUGCUAUCACAGGUCAGCGGGUGAGAGUACGAGACUCUUAUGUUGCCAUUGCACGGGAAUGCUUUGGCCCCAUUUGGGGUGUACGAGCAGUAAACAUUGCUCAGAUCAUUGAGCUUCUCAUGACAUGCAUCCUGUAUGUUGUGGUCUGUGGGGAUCUCAUGAUUGGUACCUUUCCUGAGGGAGCUAUUGAUUCCCGGAGUUGGAUGAUGCUCGUUGGAAUAUUUCUUGUGCCAUUAGGUUUUCUCAAGUCACUACACAUGGUGUCUGUGCUGAGCUUCUGGUGCACUAUGUCCCAUUUAGUCAUCAAUGCUGUCAUUCUUGGCUACUGCCUCCUGGAAAUUCCAGAAUGGGGCUGGUCCAAAGUCAAGUGGAGCAUUGACUUUGAAAACUUCCCCAUCUCACUUGGUGUUAUCGUCUUCAGCUAUACAUCACAGAUUUUCCUGCCCACACUUGAAGGCAAUCUCAUUGACCGCUCCAAGUUUGACUGGAUGAUCAAUUGGAGUCACAUAGCAGCAGCCACUUUCAAGUCCCUGUUUGGCUACAUCUGCUUCCUCACAUUCCAGAAUGACACCCAACAAGUCAUCACAAACAACCUACAUUCCCCAGGCUUCAAAGGCUUGGUCAACUUCUUUUUGGUACUAAAGGCUGUGCUCUCCUACCCUCUGCCCUACUAUGCAUCUUGUGAAUUACUGGAAAAGAUUUUCUUCAAAGGCAGGCCAGAGACACUAUUUCCCACCAUCUGGGCUCUUGAUGGGGAACUAAAGGUUUGGGGCUUGGCAUUUAGGGUUGGGAUAGUUGUGGUUACAAUUCUCAUGGCCAUUUCUAUCCCUCACUUUACAAUUCUAAUGGGUUUCAUUGGUAGCUUCACUGGUACAAUGCUUUCUUUCAUAUGGCCAUGUUACUUCCACCUCAAACUGAAGCGGCUGCAACUUGACUGGGGUACAGUUGCCUACGACUGUUUUGUUAUCUUCCUUGGCUGCCUCUUUGGGAUCAUUGGUGUUUAUGACUCAGGUUCUGCUCUCAUCAAGGCAUUUGAAAUUGGAUUACCAUUCUGAAUAUACAACAUUAUCACUCAAUACUCAGAUCUGUUAAUCUGGCACACUGGAAUUAGUUUGUAGUUAUGGAGGUAGGAUAGCAACAAGAGUGAGAUGCCACUGGUAAAGUAUAUAAACCACUGAGAAUAAAACAUUACAGAAAGCAACUUUAGGUCAUGUAGGCAUUUAAAUGCUGCUUUUAAACCAGGUGCACAAUCUGUAUGUUGUCCUAUAGUGUUAUAGGAUAGCAAUACUAUUAUUAAGAAUAUAUACUACAGUCAGAAAGAAAGUUCAUGAUAAAUUCAAGUGCCAUUGACAAUAAUAAAUAUUAUCAUACUGAAAUGGAUGCUUGUAAAAGCUGACUUAUACAAGAAUAAGCUCCCUCUCAAAUGAGGUUAGCUUUUUUGUACAAGUCAACUUGUAAAUGUGUGUGUGUGUAUGUGAAAAUAUAUAAAUGCAAGUCUUCCAUUUACAAAGAAAAUAUUGCUGCCAAAUUAAGUAAAAAAUCAGAAAUUAGUAGAAAAUUAGUAAAAAGUGAUCUCAUUAACUGUUAAUAAAUAUUUCAUAUUUAUGAAAUGAGUCAUGUAUUUUAACAUGUUGAACAGAAUUUUAGUUACCU